CGUCAAAUCACACUAUAUUUAUGCACUCUCCGACAAACUUUUUUCUGGUCUCGCGCACAAAUAUCUUUUCUUUUUUUUUUUCUCACCUUUAUUUCCAUUUUUUUCUUUUCUUUUUUCUUUCUUUUUGUUUCUUGCUACUGAACCUUCCUCUAUUGAAUACGUUAAGUGGUCAUGUCUUCUUGGUGGUCUUUUGGCGCUGUAAAGAAGGAACAAACCUCUCCAACACCAACCACUAAUCAUGCUUCUCCAACACAACCUUUCAAAACCAUGAGCACUGCUUUUCGUAGAGGUGUACAAUACAACAUGAAAAUAGUUAUUCGUGGUGAUGUCAUGACAGGGAAAUCUACGCUUUUCAAUCGCUUACAAGGGUCUGAAUUCGAAGAAGAAACAUAUCAAUCAACACCACAAAUACAAGUCGCCAACAUCCCUUGGCAUUACAAAGACUCCAAUGAUAUAGUCAAAAUUGAAGUAUGGGAUGUAGUAGAUAAGGCUCACAAUAACAACACGAAAAAGGAUACGGGUAUCAAAUUGGAACAUGCCUCUACUAGUAACACUACUACAUCAACAACAACGGAUCAAGCUACCUCUACGCCUUCACCAUCAACAGAUUUGGCUCUAGAUGCAUCGACUGUAGAUGUAUAUCGAAAUGCCCAUGCUGCUUUAUUUAUAUUUGAUAUCACCAAACAAUGGACUUUUGAUUAUGUCAACAAGGCACUUGAUUCUGUACCAGAAAAUGUGGCCGUGCUUGUAUUGGGGAACUUUAUGGAUAAAGAGCGGGUGGUCAGUGUGGAUGAAAUACAUGCAACUUUAUAUGAACACAACAAACGACGUAUAGAAAAGGGGACCAUCAAACCCAACUUGAUCCGAUAUGUUGAAAUCAGCUUGAAAACAGGUCUUGGGUUAAAAUUUAUCUAUGAUUAUCUAGGUGUACCCUUUUUGCAACUUAUGAUGGAAACCCUUCGAAAACAACUUGAACUGAAAGCUACAGAUAUUCUCGAUUUAUUAGAAACAUUGGAUAAGGAUGACGAUGUACCGGAACAUAUGCAAAGGCGGCGAGGACAAGAUAAUUUUGAUCAACCUUCGGAACCACAUUUGGCAAGGCAACAUGAUGCAAUGAAAAUGGCAUGGGAUGAGGAACUGCAAGAGAUUGCUGCUGAUCAUGAACCUACGGCAAUAGAUAAUGAAUUGGGACAUGAGCGAUCUAAUCCAACUCCUCCUCCACCAACAGCUCCUGUGAAAAUGAAAAAAAGGCACGGAUCACUUGUUUCACCAGAUAUCCAACCUCCUGCGGUGGAUCAGUUUGAUGCUGGAUCUAUAGAAGAUGAUUGGUUUGGUGAUGAUUCGGUAACUCAAUCAACAACCAUGCAAAUCCCUCAGCAACAAGAUCAGGACAACAAGAAUGAAAAUGACGAUGAUGAUGAUGACAACAUACCCGGUAAUCCUAUGGUGACAAGAGAUGAAGAUGUGGCCUCUGUGGAAUAUUACCAAGAGAAACAGCAAGAGCAACAAAUAAAGUCUACCACAACACAUACAUCGAUAUCACCACUGGCGCAGCAACGCAGAUCGAGCCAAGAAUCAACGACAGUUAUGGUGAUGGUACCUGAAGAAGAUAUAGAUGAUGAAGAUACAAACGAUGGUUCAAAUGACAAUAGGAAUAACCUUGGUGGCAUGAUGGCAUAUCAUAUGUACCAAUCGCCUGUUUUCAAAAGUGAAUUGAAUGAUGUGUGGGCAGCUCAUGGAACUAUUGGCGGUAGCAUGAAAACCAGUGGCGGCGGUGGAAUCAACGUGAUACAAUCUGACAGUGAAGAUGAGGACAACAUGAUACGACAACCUAUGAAUACGACACCUUCCGACUUUGAUGAUUAUCAACAUCGAUUCGACUCCUCUUCUUCUUUUACAGGCAUAGAUGGUAGUGGUGGAUAUGAAGAAAUAGGUGGCGCAAGUCAUGACAACCCUUGGUCUCAACCUACUUAUGAAAACUUUGAUGCUAAUGAUAAAGAUCCGAUUCGCUACGUGGAACAACAGGAAGAAAUGACUGAUUACGGAGCUCCAGCCGAUGUACCAGACAAGACUUCCAGUACAGACAAAAAGGCCAAGAAGAAGAAGAAGAAGAAAAGCAAAUCAGCGAAGAUAAGUACAAAAUCAUAGUGGAUCGUGAUUAGUUAGUUUGAAAUACAUAACGUAGAUGGGUUGAAUAUAUAGUUUUAUUUUUAUUUUAUUUUAUUUU